GGAAACGGAAUCUGCCAGCAUCAGCUUCCUUUGAUGAUGUCAUAAAGGGCACAGUCCUAUAUAAAGGGCAAACAUAAAGCAGGCACACAGACAGCUUCAUUUGCAGAUUGGUUUUAGACCUGAACAGACCUACAAUGGCUACUGGUGGACCACACGAGGGAAACAUGGAGGUAUUUUCAGACACAUAUGAAGCUGAAUUAGACCAAAUAUAUGAGAUUUUACAAAGAGAAUUACGAGAUCUGGAAGUCAAAAAACUAGUUUUUGGUAACCAGGAACGCGACUUUGAACAAAGGGUGGAUGCGUUUGAGAAAAACAUAGCUUGCAUCAGGGAAAGUCUCCAAGAGGAAAGACAGAAAUUGGAAGCAAAAACGCAGGAUCUGGAGAAAAGAGAAUGCCACUUUGAGGAUCAACAAAAGAAACUAACGAAUCAUCUUGAUGAACUAAAGACUAGCUCUCAGAAAGGAAGAGAUAAUUUUGUUUCAACUCAGUUACUCGACGAACACAGAGUAAAGAUUGAGUUGGAAAACAGGGAACUGCAGAAACAAAGACAAGAAAUUCAAGAUGAGUGGAAUAAGAUUAAAGAAACUCAAAUUGCAAAUUGUGAGAUGGCCAAAAACUUGAAUAAGACACAAGAGAAAGUCAGAGAUUUAUGGAAAGCUUUACAGGUAAGCGAAGAGAGAUCAACAGAAGAAAUUAAUAACUUGAAAAGAGAUCUGGAAAGACAGAAAUUAGAGUUUAUCGAAUCUAAGGAACAAACAGAAAGGGAGUUAACUGCAGAAAAGCAGGCUCUCCGCGAUGAGAAGGAGCGUUUAAACGCUGGGAAAAUUACUCUACAGAACCAGAUCGUUGAGUUUCAGACUGAAUCAGAGCAGAUCCGACAGAUUCUGCUCAAAGACAAACUAGAUGUUCAACUUCUGAGAGAAAAUCUGCAGGAGGACAAAUUGGAGGUAAUGAAAACAGCAGAAGGGUUUGUGAAAGAUUUCAACGAAAGUUUACAGGAUUUGAAGGAGAAGCUGGAAUUUCUGAAUCUUGAGAAGAGAAGUCUGGAGGAAGAAAAACAACGUUUCCUGAUGACCAAGUCAGAAUCAGAGAAGGAACAAGGGAUGAUUUACAAAAUCCUCGAGGAAGAAUUAGAUAAUUUGCAUUUGGGAAAACAAAGUCUGGAAACACAAGUGAUGGACUUUAGGGAAGAAAUUGCUGCAGCAGGUAAGAUCUUAAAAGAGAAGGAAACUGCUCUAGAAGAAGGGCUGGAGGGUCUGAGACUUCAGAGAGAAACUCUGGAGGAAGAAAAGACAAAUUUCCAGCUAACAAAGUUCAGAUCGGAAGAGGAGAAUAAGGGAAUACAGGCUUACCUCCAACAAGAGCUGAAAAAAUUACGAGUUGGGCAACAGAGUCUAGACAAACAGAUGAUGGAGUCUGAACAGAGAAACAUAAACUCAGAGCAGGUCAUUCAAGACAUUCGACGGGUUCUUCAGGAAGAGAGAGACUGUUUAGUAAUGCUCCGACAAAACCUGGAGGAAGAGAAACAACGUUUCCUGAUAACUAAGUCAGAAUCAGAGAAGGAACAAGGGAUGAUUUACAAAUUCCUCGAGGAAGAAUUAGACAAUUUGCGUUUUGGAAAACAAAGUCUGGAAACACAAGUGACGGACUUUAGGGAAGAAAUUGCUGCAGCAGGUAAGAUUUUAAAAGAGAAGGAAACUGCUCUAGAAGAAGGGCUGGAGGGUCUGAGACUUCAGAGAGAAACUCUGGAGGAAGAAAAGACAAAUUUCCAGUUAACAAAGUUCAGAUCGGAAGAGGGGAAUAAGGAAAUACAGGCAAAAGAGCUGGAAAUAUUCCAAAUUAGGCAACAAACUCUCAUCAAACAGAUGACAGACUCUGAAGAGAGAAACAUAAACUCAGAGCAGGUCAUUCAAGACAUUCAACGGGUUCUUCAGGAAGAGAGAGACUGUUUAGUAACGCUCUCACAAAACCUGGAGGAAGAGAAACUAGAGUUUAUGGAAAAAAGGGAAGCAGAAACUCACCUUUUAAAGGAGAAACAACAAGCUCUGGAAGAAGGGGUUGAACUUUUGACUCAAGAGGUAAUUAAUUCUUUGGAAGCGAGAAUGGAUGAAAUUGACAGACAUGUUGGACAAUGUUUCCAGCUUCUUCAAGAGGAAGAGGGGGAUUUAGAUCAGAUUGUGCAGGAGCUGGAAGCAGCAUUUUUAAAUGUCGAAGACGAGCAGCCACCUGUGGAGGACGAGUCAGACAGUCCCACAGCUGCGUCUGAAGAUCUGGGGGAACUGAAUUUAGAAAAAACUGUGACUACCCAGGUACCCAGUGACGGGAACCCAACUCUUCACGGUCCUCAUGAUGAUGAUGAUGUCAGGGAACUGAGUUUAGAAAAAACAAAGACAAAUUCAGAAGAAGAGCAUGAAGAAAAGUAUGAAUGCUUCCUAGAUGAGUUCCAGUAUUUAGAAGCUGGGAAUCAGAGUUUAGAAGAACAGAAGAUGGACUCUCAAGAGAACGAAAAAGAUUCAGCCCAGAUUCAUCAGGAGGUGCAAACUCUGGCUGACCAUGUCUUGGGAACUGGAUACCUGUUGGGUACCCAGUACCUUGGUACCCAGCAAUGGGUUAGAGGGCACUUGUUACUUGGUACCCGAUACAGGGGCCCCUGCUACGCAGUAUGUCCUCAUAAUGAUGAAACACAAACGAUUGAACUAAGGGAAGAAAUGCAGAAAGCAUCUUUAAACGUCGAAGACGAGCAGCCACCUGUGGAGGACGAGUCAGACAAUCCCACAGCUGUGUCUGAAGAUCUAGGGGAACUGAAUUUAGAAAAAACAGUGACUACCCAGGUACCCAGUGACGGGAACCCAACUGUUCCCAGUCUUCAUGAUGAUAACGACGAGCUUCCAGAGAACCCCGGGCCUGCCCAUGGGAGCGCUGAAGAAGAAUGGGAGGCUGAAGAAGACUGGGAGGCUGAAGAGCCAACGCCUUCUACAUCUGGCCUAGGAUCCAGCUGGGACUAAUCCAACUUCUACUAGAGACGACUUCUUCCAGAACACCAAUGAAGAUCAGAAAAGCAUAUAAAAGUGAAGUAGGGAGCUUGGCAUGGGUUUAGAUUUUUUAAAACUAGGAAACAGAGAAUUUGAAUCAGGAAAACGUAAAAUUUUCAGAGAGAAGAAACUGAAUGGGUGAGAGAGUAGAUGCUGCAGACCUGCAGGAACAGGAUUGCAGGCAGAGGAAAUAAUACGAGCAACCAAUCUAAAUUUAGUAAGUAGUAACACACAGUAACACGAGGGAUUAAACAAAGGCUCAAAGUUUAGAAGAGCAGAAAAUUAACCUGUAGUUCUUCAAGAGCUUCUGCAGGAGGAAAUAGGAAUGGGUUAAAGAUUUUAGCUCUAGCAAUUACGCUUAUCAGAGCUUCUAGUUUCCGUAGACUAAGAGUCAAUACCUUAGAUGGGUUGGCUCUUGAUUUAAAAUGCCACUACAUUAGAGAGUUUUUACACUAUGUGUCUAGGAUGUAGCUUCUUCCACCAACAGGUACUAAAAUACAAACGAAGAAAAAAAAACGCAGCACAGGUGACAUCUCAACCGAUCAAAUCAUUUCUGUGUCUCCGUGUGCUGCGUGGGGGUUUUCUCUGGGUGCUCCAGUUCACCCCCAACACAAAAUCCUAAAAUCCUGACAAGUUAAGCCUAAAUUAUACUUCUCCGUCAUCGCCACGAGGGAGAGGCACGCUCGCACGGAUGGAGACAAUUUGCCCUCAGACUUCUCCGUCUCCUGGGGAGUGUUGCAAAGCAAUUCCCCGCUAGGACAUUUAACCCUCAAAAUAAGUGGGGCCGACUGGAGCUGUCCGAGCAGGGCCGACCAGGUACAGAUGGGAAUGGCCCAUAAGAGUCAAUACCUUAGAUGGGUUGGCUCUUGAUUUAAAAUGCCACUACAUUAGAGAAUUUUUACACUAUGUGUCUAGGAUGUAGCUUCUUCCACCACCAGGUACUAAAAUAUAAAG